ACGAUUCGUGUUUUAUGGUAUAGAGAAAGUAACGGUAAACUGUGAACGCGACCUUCCCACCCGGUGCCCGCGUGCCGACUGACAGAUGAGCGCGGUUUAACCUCUGAUAAUAAGAGGGAAAGGGACGGCUACAUCUGAUCCUGUGUGUGUGAGGGGGACGGCGGGUGUGUCUUCUUCGUGAAGUGCAAGAUGAGUGUACAGUCACACACGAGCCACAUCCGAGUGAGCCUCGGGGACGGUUUGAAAAAGGAACGAUUCGCGUGGCGCGUACGCAUGAAUGCGCGCGCUCCAAUUUUAAAUUUUGCGGAUCCUAUCGGAACUCUUUUGUCAUUUUAUAUUUUGAAAAACUCGUGCUUAGUAAAUAGUGUCUCAUAGUAGUGCAAGUGUUAAUUAUGAGAAAACAGUUGAGUGUUUAAUUAAAACUUUUUAAAGAAAAUAUCGGAACCUCUGAUACUGACAGAUUUACCAGUAAUCAAGAUGAAUCAGCAGUGCAAGGUGUGCGGGGAACCGGCGGCUGGUUUUCACUUCGGUGCUUUCACGUGUGAAGGAUGUAAGUCUUUCUUCGGGCGAACGUACAACAACCUCUCCUCGAUUUCUGAAUGCAAGAACAAUGGUGAAUGUGUCAUCAAUAAGAAAAACAGGACGGCUUGCAAGGCAUGCAGGUUGCGGAAAUGUUUGCUAGUCGGCAUGUCCAAAUCAGGAUCACGUUACGGGCGAAGAUCGAACUGGUUUAAGAUCCACUGCCUUUUACAAGAGCAGCAGCAACAACACAUGCAACAAUUACAGACAAGUAAAUCACAAACCACAUUAAAUACUUCCAUCAGCCCAUCUUUUUUGCCAACAAAUCUUUUGCCGGCAGCCGCUCUUGCGGAGUAUUAUAAGAGUACAGAAAAGAAUAUUUUCACCGACGAAGUUACGCGACAGAGCGUUUCGCCUUCCGAUUCUGGUGCUUCUUCGGCUGACCCAGAGGAUGACAACAGUUCUAGGAGUACCAGCGGCUUGAGUAUUUUCAGACCCGCCUCCUCGCCCAGCAGUGAAAAAGACACUCGGAUACAGGCAAUCAGAAUUCAAAAUAAAGAUGUGAGAAGAAAAAAGCCAUCAACAUUGCCACCUUCACCAUUUGGUGCCAUGGGAGCUGCGUCUGGUUUUUCGUUUUCACGGAGCGCCCCCUAUCUCCCAACACCAAUGGCAAAUAUGAGAUCAGUGCCAUCAGGUAUAGCUUGGCAAAAUCGUAGUGGCGGGGAUUUGUUACUCCAAUCUCCGGCGAUUGCUGGCGUUGCCAUCGAACAAGACCAACCCAUAGAUCUGUCUAUUAAAUCUACAGCAGUUAUAUUUAGAAAUUCAAAAACCGAAGUGAGUGAUUCGGAACCCGAGUUGAGUAUCGAUCUGAAUGACGAUAACGGUAAAGACAUAAUGAAGAAUCCCCUCGAUUUGAGUCUUGUAUCAAAACGAGCCGAGGAAGUUCCGAUGACUGGCUAGAAAAAAACACUUUUAAUAUUUAAUAUAUGAUUCUCAGAGCCAUGAAUCUCGUGUUACUAUUUAAGAAUAUGUAAAUAUUUGUGUUAUUAUUAAUAUUUAUAGUAAAGAUUUGAUCAAUUUAUGAUUCUGAAAUGCUCCGCCAUAUUGUAUUUAAGUAAUUCACAUUCCUUCUCUUUACAUUACCUGAACUUACUACCAUAAUGUAAUGUUGAUUUUUUAUAUUAAUUUUGUAGUAUAGUAGUAGUAAUAAAAGAUUAUAGUGGAUUUUAGAGCAGGUGAUAUAAAUAUGUGUCAUGGAUAUUAUUUAAUAAAGAAAAUAUAUCAGAACUUGUACGGUCAUUUGCAUAAUACACACUUAAAUUAUUAACUCCGUCCGAAAGAAACGAGACUGACUCAAUGUGUAUCCGUUUUAAGUCAGUUUUUGUGAUAUAGAACCUGUGUUGUGGUAGCCUGUUAAUUUUUAGUAAUAUUUUAAUUUCAUUUAUAUCAUUUGUAUUAUACGUCUUCAUAAAUAAAUGUAAAGAUUCAUUCGUAUUAAUAUUAAAACUCGAAUGUGCCAGUUGCUAAAACUAUGCCAGUUGUAUUGUAUUACCAUGUUAGUUUAUUUAAGUGGGAUUCCGGCCAGUCGUUUGUGAAGCUCAAAAUUAAAAUGUACAAAUAAGUAAUAAAUAUAUAUAGCUCUAGUUUUUCUCAUCGUCCACUUAUUUAUUAUAGUUAGGCCAGUUAAUUGAGUCAUUUUAUGUAAGAGUUUCCUAGAGUUAUUUUUAUAAUUUAUAGAACAUUUUGUUUAACUUCGUCAUUGUUACUUUAGUUUUGUUGGAGUUUUUUUAUACAUUCCUUUUAGCUGUAGUAGUACUAUUCUAAUUCUCAUUGUUCUGUUAUUACAAUUAUUAUUUGAUAACGUCUUUUAUCUUUCUAUUUUUUAUGUUUGUUCUUAAAAUAGUUUACAACAAACUGUAUUAUACAUUCGAUAAAUAAUGUCAUUUAAAAUAAUAAAUAAUGUAAUUGUUUUGUGUAGUACAUUACGAGGAUUCCUAUAAACUUUGAUAUAAUUAAUUUAAGUAUAGUUGUCUGUUAUCAGUGUGAUACAUUUAUCGACGUGUUUAUAUAUUUUUUUAACGUUUAUAAAAUAAUAUAUUUGAAAGAUAAAUAAAAUGUGAGUGCCUU